AUGACAAAGAUAGAUCGAAAGCCUCUAAAAAGCGACGAUAAGCGCCCAUUCCCUGUCGAUGCAACCGGAGCGACUCUAGCGACAGACUUUUGCAUGGACUCGAACUGUCGGAAAGAGGCUGGCCUUGCACAAGUAAACGCCAAGCCACAGGAACGAGAUCAAUUGUUGAGGGCUCCAUACCAGAAUGCUACAUUUUAUUCUGGGCUCAGCGACAAGGUGAUCACCAAUAAAAAUGCGAUUGACGAUGCAAAGAUGAGUCCUGGUGGUGCAGAAAACGCAGAAGCACCGCCACCUGCAGGCGCUCCUCUUCUAGACCGUGUCUGGCGGGGCUUAGAGCAGUCCCCCGUCAACCUUGCAACUAGCACAAGCCUCUCUGUUCCACCUCCUCUUCAUUGCAUAAGCACUCCCUCCAUCUCCUCGCUGGGCACACUGGAGGCGUAUUCGGGCCUGCAGCCAUCAUCCAGGCUGGGACUGGCACGGCCGUCCCCAUCUGCAAGUGCAAGAGCAGAGAUUAGUCUUGAUCUUAUUGGCGUCGGUCAACCCGAAAGUCUUAAUCCCAGCAACAUGCUGAGUCCAGCGAAUCAGACGCCUGUUCCUAGUGUUGCUGGCACGGCUACCACUCCGAGUCCUGGCCUCAGCCGUUGGCAUGCUCGGAAGAGCCGCAUGAGCAGCGAUGAGGCUGAAAUUUUCACUCAUUCCAGAGGCCUCAGCCGUUCGUCUGUAACUGCUAGUUUUUCUUAUGAAUCCUGCUCUGUCGCUGGCUCAAGCAGCCCGCGGACGGUUUCAAAUGCACAGGUCUCGCAGGAUGACCUCUUUGACGCUGAUCCGGCUGCAAGAGGAUCGCCUCAACGGAAGCUAGCAUCUCCCAAGAGCAAACCGCCAACGGAGAUGUUUAGAUUGUUCAGACGGAAUCGAGAUCCCUCGUUCUCUGAUGAGCCUUCGCCAAAAGCUGACCGGUCGCGUCGCGGAGCUUUUGAUAGGCUGGGUGCAUGGUUCGGUCGUUCCCAGCAGCAACAGCAAAAUAAGACUCAGGCGCAUGGACGUGCCCCCGAGUCGUCUGUUGCACAGACAAUGGAAUGGCUUCGUCCGGUUUCCUCGCAUCCAGCACCGGGACAUACACGCUUCUACUCAGACGACCGGACUGGUCGUGGUCGGCGCCGGUCAAACGUGGAGAGUCAGACAUCGUUCGAGGGACAACAUCCACCGCCAGAGGGAUACUUUGCGCCGGAAUCCUUCUCUCGCUUCAGGCGCUCGCCCCGGGCGUCCAGGAGCAGUCAGCACUUAGCAGCGGCAGCCCCAGCAUCUCUAUCUCAGCAACCUGACAGUCGGCUCGCUCCACUAGAUAGACUGCCGUCACCUGCUGGCUCCUUUUCAUAUAGCGGCAGGGUCUCCCCUCAAUCACCACCACCUGUUCCUCCUCCACACCUCCAACUCCAUCACCAACUACAACAGAUGACACUACCACCAAGCCCCCAUCAUCCCCAACUCUCUCCACAACUCUCUCCACCCCCACAUCUCACCUCUUCUAUCCCCCCGGCUAUCCCCCGCACCCCCUCCCGCGGCCGCAGCGUCGACCGCGCCUACACCCAAGACCUCCACUUCCGCUCCCGCAGCCCCAAGACCUUCCCCCCACGGCCCGACGAACGCAGCUACCCAAGCACCGACACCUCCGACCCAGCCAACAACCUGGGGACCUUCCGCAGCAACCCGCGCACCAGCCGCAUCGGCGACCAGGAACUUCCCUGGAAACUCACGCUGCCGAGCGACUCGGACGAGGAGCACGCCGCCGGCGCGACCGCGCGCGAGGGGGAGAGAAGUUGGCUGGAGAGUACCACGCAGCGUCUUCUGCAGUCGUCGCGGCUGCCGACCUACGAGGAGGACUCAGAGGUACACGGGCAGCCGCAGCAGCCUGUUGUUCCGGAUGAGAAGGCUGCGGCGGACCAGGGCGGGGACCAGAAUUGCGAGCAAGUGCAAGGGCAAGAGCAAGUGCAGAGCCAGAGCCAGGGCCAUCCGCACCGCGGCGAGGCGAGGGCGGUCAACCCCGACGAUGCACCGGUGGAACUGCCCGUGCAGUGGGAUGACGACUCGGGCGAGGAGAUCACCAUGUCGAGUACGGCGUAUCCGGGGCAGGAAUGGAAGCCGUUGGGGUUCUCCGGGUGGGAAUACUAG